AGCAGGAAGUGAAGUAGCGGUAGGUGGACACUGGACAGCUCAGCUGCUAAUAUCUGCUGUCCUGAAAGCCUGUUUCUCCCCGAAUAGCAUAUCCUUCUGCGUCCAUCAUGUCCAAAAGUUCACUGUCAGACCGCUUCAGGAAAGUGGACGUGGAUGAGUACGACGAGAACAAGUUUGUGGACGAGGAGGAGGGAGGAGAGAACCAGGGCGGCCCGGACGACGCCGAAGUGGACGGUCUGCUCAGACAGGGGAACAUGACUGGUGCUCUCCACGCUGUGCUGAAGAACCCACCAAUCAACUCCAAGAACCAGAACGCCAAGGACCGAGCUGAGCUGCUGGUGGUCAGAGUUCUGAGCAGUUUCAAGAGCAGUGACAUAGAGAAAGCUGUCGCAUCACUGGACAAAGCAGGAGUGGACCUGUUGAUGAAAUACAUCUAUAGAGGCUUCGAGAAACCCUCUGACAACAGCAGCGCUGUGCUGCUGCAGUGGCACGAAAGGGCUCUGGCAGUGGGAGGAGUGGGCUCCAUAGUCAGAGUGCUGACUGCCAGGAAGACUGUCUGAUCUUCCAACAUGGUCCAUGAGUAAACGGACGUCAAACUGUUGACUGAGACACGUCUCCUCUUUCUCUGCUUUGGGACACGAUUAGCCUUUUGUUUUCAUACUGGAACGGAGUGUCUUCCUGAUCCAGUUCUCUCCUCCUUUUUUCUGCACUCACUAUUUUCAGUCACACCUCUGGGGUUUGGAUGUGCUGGCAGUCAGACAGGGAGGUGCUGGCACCUCACACUGUCUGUGUCUGCCAGCCGUGCAGAGAGAAGACACAAGUCUGUCCAAAGCAGCGCCUCGCUCCUUUCAAACUGCUUCACAGCUGCUCUGCUGCCUCCGCUGGCUGCUCACUGCAACAUCUCCUCCUCAUCUCUCCUCCCCUCCUCCCUCUCGGGCCUCUGACUCAUCCAGGUUGAGGAAAUGGAAAAGACUCUUCUUGGCCGGACUGUCAUGGACUGGUGACCUGUCCAGGGCGUUUCCCUGCCUUUUUUGCCCAGUGCAUGCUGGGUUGUUUUCCCCCUAACAUUCUAACUUCUGAACAUCUUUGUUCAUUGACUUUUUUUCUACUUAGACCAUCUCCACAUUGCUUAUAUUGUUUCUUUUUAUACCUGAAAUAAAAGACAAAAUAAUGUACUACAUCUAAA